AUGCGGGUACUCCUCUGUUUGGCCACUUUCGCUCUCUCAUACACUCUUGCCUGUGAAGACGGAGUUGACAAUAUCCUCAGAAUUCAUGAUUCAUUGAAAGGAAAAGGCAGAAUAGCCUUCGAAAAUGUCGAACUUCUCACCUAUGAUGGCCAUAAAAACCCGGCUUGUGAUGAGGGCAAGGGAGUCUGGAAUUUUCCCGGAUUUUUCCGACUCAAAUCGGGCAAAGUCAAGGUGACCAAAGCGGUGAAAGAGUCAGAGGGAGAGUUGAAAUUGGCGCUUUCUUUGGAGAAAAACUCGUGGAUCAUCGGAACAGUUUGCGAGAAUGGAAAGAGCAAAAAUCAAUUUGUGCCAGCUGAGAUCUGUGACUUCCCAUUGUGCAAAUUUGCCCAAGACAAAUGCAAGAUGAUCGAGCAAGCUGGAGAGUUCGACUUGACCGAGUUGACCUCGACAAUGGGCCCAGAUAACAAUGGAUUGAUCGAUAUGGGACCAUUGCCGAUCCCACAAAUUGAUGGAGAAUGGGCUCUUUCGGUGAAAUUGAUGCAAGGUGCCCGUAAAUUGGCGGGUCUUCAAGUCCAAGAGGACGAUCAAUGGUUCAAAGUGGCCGCCGACUCGUUGAACAUCGCCGAUGUUGUGAAGAAGACAUCCAAGCCACAACCAGCUCCUCCUGGCGCUCAAGUUCAUGAUGAAUUC